GCGUUGCGACGUUUACCUUGUAGGUUGUUCCUCCUCCUUCUCCGUCGUCGUGUCCUUCUUUUCUCACUCACUCUGAAACCCUAAACAUGCCGCCAUUAGCGUCUCUGCAACUUCGGAGGCUCUUACUCCGCUCUCGUUCCUUUUCAUUCGCAUCUUCCUCUCCAAUUCACCCCCCUCCUCCGCUUCCCCGACAACCCUCUUCCCAUUUCCAUUCCCGAACCCUCUUCACUCCUUCAUCGCUCUUCUUUACCAGACAUUUCUCGUCGGAAACCCAAACCCAAACGGAUCCAAUUGCGCACUCCCUCUCCUCGGAGCUUCUUAAAGAGCCAGACUCGGACUCUCUCGCGGUCUCGCAGCGCCUCCACCUCAGCUUCUCCCACGUCACCCCGACCCCCAGUUUGAUUCUCCAAACCCUAAACCUCUCCCCCGAAGCUGGCCGCACAGUAUUAGGGUUCCACAAAUGGCUCGCUUCCAACCCCCAAUUCUCUCACACCGACGACACUCUCUCCUACUUCGUCGACUACUUCGGCCGCCGCAAGGACUUCAAGGCCACGCACGACGUUCUCUCCGGCGCCGCCGCCGCCGGCCCCAAAACCCUAUCCUCCGCGAUCGACCGCCUCGUCCGCGCGGGCCGGCCCAACCAGGCGGUCCAGUUCUUCGAGCGAAUGGAGAGGGACUACGGGCUGAAGCGCGAUCGCGCUUCGCUGAAUGUGGUCGUGGAGAAGCUUUGUUCGAAGGGUUUCGCGAGUUAUGCGGAGAAGAUGGUGAAGGAUUUGGCGAAGGUGUUUUUCCCCGACGAAGCCACGUGUGAUUUGCUGAUUAAAGGUUGGUGCGUUGAUGGGAAGCUCGAGGAAGCUCAGAGGCUCGCCGGUGAGAUGUACCGUGGAGGGUUUGAGCUUGGCGUUGGGGCUUAUAACGCCAUGCUUGACUGCGUGUGUAAGCUUUGUCGCGAGAAGGAUCCGUUUCGGCUUCAUUCGGAGGCGGAGAAGGUGCUGGUGGAGAUGGAGCACCGUGGGGUUCCCCGGAAUGUGGAGACAUUCAAUGUGUUUAUAACGCAUUUGUGUAAGAUUAGGAAGACUGAGGAUGCGUUGGCGUUGUUUCGUAGCAUGGGACGGUGGGGGUGUUAUCCUAAUGAGACUACUUUUGUGGUCCUGAUUAAGAGUUUGUAUCAGGCUGCUAGGUUGGAGGAGGGGGAUGAAAUGAUUGAUAGGAUGAGAUCUGCUGGGUAUGGUGAGUUUCUUGAUAAGAAGGCUUACUAUCAGUUCCUCAAGAUUUUGUGUGGCAUUGAGAGGGUUGAUCAUGCUUUGAGUGUAUUUGCUAUGAUGAAGGCUGAUGGAUGUGAACCUGGGGUUCAGACUUAUGACUUGUUGAUGGGGAAGUUGGGCGCCCACAAUCGUGUUGAUAGAGCUAAUGCUCUAUUCAAUGAAGCACAGAGUAGAGGGCUGCCUGUGGUGCUUAAAGAGUAUGCUGUUGACCCGAGAUAUUUGAAGAAGAAGAAGAAGGUUGUCAAGGGUGAGAAGAAGAGGGAAACCUUGCCUGAGAAAAUGGCUAGGAAGAGAAGCCGCCUGAAACAGAUUCGCCUGAGUUUUGUGAAGAAACCCAAACGUGUGAUGCGCAGUUAAUGAUCAUUUUUUGUACUUCAAAGGAAUGUGCGUCUCAAUUUGGCAAAUUUAGAGGAUACUAGAUGAUGCUGAAUUAGGAGAAGAGACAAAGGAAAAUAACAGUUGGAAAGGUGAGACUUUGAUGACGGUUUUUGUCCAAAUUAUUUAUUGUUAUAGCCACUUCUGUAGGGAACGUCAGGAACAGCUGAAGUCCUUGUGGGUGCAGUUUCCUGCCUCGUUGAUUGAGAUAUGCUUUGUACGCUGUAAUUGGAAUUUAUCAGAAGGUGCAAGCGUUGAAGUUCUUGAUGAUGUGCUAGCACCUAGCACAGGUUACAUCGUGAAUGAUGUUAGGGUUAAAGGUGAAGAAACUGUUAGAAUUUCUCCCAGCAUCAGGUUUAUGAUAUUUUAGGCUUUGCUUCUCUGGAUAUAAAUUCUCUUUCCUGCUUGGAAUUUUCUUUUUUCUCAGUUCUUUAUUUUAAUUAAGAUCCUGAAGGUUAUCCGCCAUUUAUUUAUUUUGGGAUAACAAACCUUAAUAGGAAUCACUUUAGGUCAUGGGAAGUACAAAUGUUUUGUUUGAACUUUCAUCUGUUACUUAGUUAU